AUGGACGAGUUAUCUUUAAUUAUUCAGUCAUUGAUUGAUAGUGAAGUGGAUGAUAUGAUACUUGAUUUAGUUUAUGAGAUUCAUUCAUCAAUUAAAGGAAUUCCUCAAGAGCAAUUUCAAAUAUAUAAUAAUGGAAACAAAACGGUUUCAAUUGAAAAACAAACUUGUACUUGUCCCAACUGUGGUCAAUCAAAUUUAAUAGCUACAAAAUUUUCUUAUCAUUUAGCUAAAUGUCUUGGUGCUGGUCGACAAUCAUCACGUCGAGCAAAACGUCGAAUUGUUGAUCAAAUUAUGAUAAUAACAGCUACAGAUAAAAAUGGAUUAGAUGGAAACCAUCUUGAUAAAGAUAUAGAGAACAAUUCAAUAUCAGAAGAUGGAAGUUCAUGUACAGGUAGAAUAUUUAAUUAA